AUUGAAUCUGUUAUUAAACAGAAAAUGUAUAUUUUAUUACUUUAUAGUGAAAUGUUGCAUCAGAUCUGUGUGUGUGAGGAACAGUGUUGCUGUGCUGUCCAUGUAUGUGUACAUGACAGAUGGAAUAUAUCAUAAGCAUUGAAAAUGGAUAUGUAGCUCCCUACAUGCCGGACUGUGAUAGCAUGGGCAGUGUGAUUAACUGGCAUCUCCCUGGGUGGAGAGAGAUGGUAGAGCUGCAACAAUGUGCACUGCCACCUGCAAAAGUACUUCCGGGUCAUGCAGAAAACAGAGAGAGAAGACCUCAGAAUGGGACAGGGUUAAUUUUUGCAGCCUGAUCUAUAAGCACAUCCGUGUUUUCUUUGGACAUAAUCUCAAACAAGCGGAUAGGCAGGGAGACCUUGCUUUGUCACUAAGAGAGAAGCCUGGGAGGGAAAAUAGACUUGUUUUUUCCCUUUUAUUCACAUGUUUGAGGGAGAAGAGAGGAGAAAUGGGAAAGGAUGAUGACUGCAACCUUUCAUUACAUUACAAAUAUUAGCCUGUGCCAAGAAUUUCUGGUGUUUUUCUUGGCAGUACACUUACUUAUUACCUUAAGAACCCCAAGCAGUCAUCAAAUGCAAGUCUAGGAAACAAAGAACCUCAAAAACAAUGACUAUGUUACCAUUAACCAUAACAGCCACUUAUUUGGUACAGUCUGAAGAACGGAUACAGGCCUAUAUUAAUGAUGAUUGCUUAUUUUUUAAAAUUCUGCAUUCAAGGAGUUCUUUUAGAUUGUUCCCCUUAAGUCAGAGGGUUUAAAUUUCAUGUAGAACACCUUUAGAAAACUAGAUCCAUUGACCAUGAAAUUAGAAAUUAGAUGCUCACAGGAAGAGCUUCCUGCUAAAUAAACCUGAUUCACCCAGGCAUUUUGUAAAAUACAGUAAAUGUAGCAAACGUGUUUUCCUGCUUUUUAGGAAUAAUUCAUGGAUUUUAUCCAGUAAAAAAAUAGAGAAUGUGAAUGGAAGAGAGUGAGAAAGUCCAGCUCAUUUUCAUUCACCUAGCGUGUGCCAGCUUCUUGCCCACUUGUACAACAUGCAGCAGGCUUGCUGUAUCAGCGGCACUCUCUUGUAAAUGAAAUGUUAAUUAGACUGCAAUUAGAGUGGCGAGGAGGGGAGGAAGAAGUCAGCUUGUUUGCUCUUAUAUUGUCUCUUUUGCUACUCUGCUGUUGUCAGUUUUUCUCAGCAUGAACUAUUUGUGUGCCAUUCAUUAGUGACUCAGCAUGCAUAUCUAAUUUCUACUAUCUAUGUUUAUGUUUUAGCCUCAGUUUGUUGAAUUUAAUAUGAAGCCUACUGGUACAGAUUCAGACUUUCUUACAUUGGGAAUAUAAAUAUACUUUGCUUUACUUGCUUUUUUAAAUUCAUCUUUAUAUCUAGCUUCUUUCGCGGGAUUAAACCUUAAAAUGUUUUGUGUGUUAAAGUGGUAGCAAUAUGUAUUCAGCAGGUUCUCAAGGUUAGACUGUAGGCUUUAUAAAACUAUUGUUCAUAAGAAAUAUCUGCAGUGGUCUCAACCCAUCUGCUGUAAUGAUGGCUGGCUUCUCAAUGUUCUUAGAUUAGAUUUAGAUCAUAAUGUUCGUAGUUAGACAAAAACUAACAUUAUGAAAUGUUGGUGUUAAUGUUCCUACAGCUAAAGAAGAAAAUUUUAAUAAAAAAUUAUGUAAAAACAUACCAAAACACCCAGAAACCUCAGCAAACUGAAUGUACUUAGAACCAAAUGUUCCUAGAACUAUAGUGUUUAGAAAAUGUUCUUCUGACCUAAAAUGGUAGUGGGCAUCUGUACUUAAUGGAGCAUGUGUGGUACAUGUCUCUAUAUUCUUGUUCUUCAUACUUUGAACAUGUUCAUUUAGGCUUGGAGAUGCUUUUGACUAAUUUAAUAUGAAUGGAUUAAGAAAUUAGAUAAUGCAGACACUGCUGACGUAUAAGGAGAUAUUGAAAACCAGAGAAGAGUGAUAGAUGGCUUUUCAAGCUCUCAGUAUUACGAAAUGCUCCUGUUUGACAAAGCAUAUUAUUAGUAUAUUGACAUUCUCUACAGCUGCCAUAAUGAAAACAGACAGAUGUGUAAGACAUGCUCUAGAUUCAUGCAGUGCUCAGUUGCAGUGCAGCCCUCUGAGCUCACAGUAGAUGUGAACUAGGCUAGAAUUGAUUGAUAGAAUAUAACGCCAUUCAAGAUCAGCCCAUGCUCCAUUGGUUUUUAAAUGGAUGAGAAGGAGAGAGCACUAGACUGGGAGAACAAAGGCACUGUCAGUUUGGAAUUGGAAAGGAGAGAGCAAAGAAAACGAUGGAAGAUGGACAGCUGGAGAAAACAGUGUUGAAUAAUGUUUUUUUUAUUUUCUGUGAGCAUGCAUACAUGUGAAGGAGGUUGAGAAGUUUAAGAGCAGGCUAUGCACUAGGUUUGAAAAGUUGUAACUUAAAACUGAAAGCAUGUGCAUUCUUUGAGUGAGUAUCCAAUAGAGUUGUAACCAAAUAUAAACAAACACAUUAUUCAGAUUGAACAGAUAGUGUGUUCUAAAUGGACACAAAUACAGAUACGAAAGGUUGGUUCACAGGGCAUCUGGUUGAGACUACAGGUGUGUAUUGAGACUGGGAUCCCACAGACAACAACAACAAAAAAAAAAGGCCAAUGAGUUGGAGGUUUUUGCUUUCUUGAGAGUUUGAGGCUUAAAAAAGACCACAGAGGUCAUUAGUGACUUGUCUUGUCAGGUCACAGUGGUUUGACUUAGGCUACUAGUUUGUUUAUACUUUGGAGAAAUAGAACCAACUAAAUUUGUUAGAAAAUAUUGUGUGCAGGUAUAAACUAAAUAAAACCAAAAACUGUGGAAGACUGUGCCCAUCUCUAGUUGAAACCAGUUAUGAGCUGGAGUGAUGGGGUGAGUAGAAUUGAGUGAGGGGAAUUCACAGACCAUGCUGAUGGUGCUGGCAUUUCAACCUCUGGAUUUUUUCCCAGUGUUUUCUAGUGUUUGUGUAGGCAUAUUAGUAGGGUUCGUGUUUAAUUAAAACAACAACAACAACAACAGAUCAUUUCAGAUUUAGGCCACGGUCACUGCUUAAAUACAGAUACAGAUAUGAAUAUUUGGAGCACUAAACAGGUGCAGAUACUAGCAGUGCUUUACACCCCUAGUUUCCAUGCAUGCCUGAAUGUUAGUUUGUGUGCACAUGUACACGGGCAACUAUUUGGCUGCAGAGCACAUGGCGAACUGAUCAUGCUCUUGGCCAGCUGCUUGUCCAGGUGAGCCUAGGUGGUAAUGACUAUGAUUGGAGUAGGAAUUCCACCAUAAUUACCCCAUAACAAUUCAGACUGGUCCCAGACGCAGCUUGGAUUUUGUGGCUGACAGAAUGCUUUGUGGCCUAGGCCCUAGGGAGUAACCAUAGUAACAAAGUGUUUUUGGCAAGUACACACAAAGGUAAGUUGAUGACAUGUGUCGAACGACCAUGACUGUGGUGUAGGAAAGAAACACAAUUUGCUUUUGGUCCUUUGAUUUGCUCCAAAUCAGCGAUGAAGACCUGUUGCUUCACAAAAAGCCAGAGUUCACCACACUUUGAAGUUUUGUGCGUUUUGUAUGUUUGAGUAAGGAAAUCACCUGUUCUACAAUGUGAUCACACACAGUCAUACAGAAUACUGCAUUUGCCUAUUUAAAUAUUGCCAUUUUCCACUUUUAUAUACAGUAUAUCACAAGUUUACACACAAGAUGUAUCAGAGUGGUUAAUGAUAAAUGAGGCUUUUAUUAGUGCUUGCUUGACUUUUCCUCAGCAUAUACUUAACAAUUAUUUAAUGACUAUGAUCUAGCAUCCUAAAUUAGUCUGGUUACCCAUGGAUAACUAGUAUUGCCUGUAAUUUGCAAAUGCCCCUAGGGUGGCCCAUUUAAAAUCAAUUAGGUACAAGAAUGCAUCUCUUUAAUCACAUUGUUAAGCUGAUUUGCUUCCUAUUGCUGCUUCAGAAUGGCAUAGAUAAUGGCAUGGAUAAUGCUGCUAGGAACUGUAAACAGUAGGAUACCAUCCCCUCUCACAUUCAUGCUGCCUGUGUUUAUGCUAAUGGGUGGUCGUGGCCUUCUCCUGGCUAAAACGGGGGUGGGAUGGAAAGAGAGUGAUGGGGGAUGGUUUUGGAGAAGUGGAGGAACAAGCAAAAGCUUGGGAGAGAGAGAGUUCAGAGUUCACUCUCACUUAGCUCACAUGCCCGCACACACUCAAGCAGAAGUCGGUUAAGCUGAUAAUAUCGGCUCCAUACGUCAGAGAAGAGGAUUUAGAGAGAGAGACAGACAGAGAGAGUGUAAGUGAUUGAGAGAGAGAGAGGAGUAAUGUCAUUAUGAGAGGCAGAACAUUGGAAAGCAAAGAGGGAGGGGAAAAAGUAUAGAGCACAGGUGAAAAGAAUGUAGAGGGGAAAAUUUUAGGAAAUGGUCCAUGUGUUUGGCAGAUUUUUAUGACAUUGCACUAAUUCCCAUCAGGGACAAAUUGGCAAAACAGAUUAACGGUGAGUGGCGUCUGCCCUGGAGCAGAGCUGGAGCCUGGUGUACAGCUGCACCACAAGGAUUGAGAGAAACAGCAGUGGAGCAUGGACUGACAGCAGUGCAGCAUGGGUGAUGUCCAGGGCUGAGGACAUACAAAAACACACACACAGAGCAGCUGGGUGCUCCUACUCUGGGGAAGACACACAUGCAGAAGUAGACAUUGAGGACGAUACACAAGCUGGCUGAGCCAUGGUAGGCAGGCUAGGACUGAUGCUCCAGAACGCUUCUUCCAGCUGGCGAGCAGAGACUGUAGAGGACACAGGCUGGAGCACCACCAUGAAACUGCAGGCUGCACAGAAACUGAACCUAUCGUCCAAGCGGAAAAAGCCCCAGCCGCCUAUGCUGCAGCCACCGGAGCCCUCCAUUUACCCCACCAACUUCAGCAGCAUCCUCCAGCUGUCCCCUCCACCCGCUCCACCAUGUCUGCUCAGGGCCAGCUCAAAGGCCAAGGAGAACCCCGGCAUGGGCAAGGUGAAGGUGAUGGUGCGGAUCUGUCCAUCUGUUGGGGUGCAGGACUCUUCUGAGUCCAUGUCUUUCCUGAAGGUGGACCAGCGGAAGAAGCAGUUGACCCUGUAUGAGCCUUCGCUCCUGACCCAGCCCAGCUCAGGGCACAGACGUACACCACUUGCUGCUCCAAAGAUGUUUGCUUUCGAUGCUGUCUUUACCCAAGAUGCCUCACAGGCUGAAGUGUGCUCAGGGACCGUGGCUGAAAUUAUCCAGUCAGUGGUGAAUGGAGCAGAUGGAUGUAUCUUCAGCUUUGGCCAUGUUAAACUUGGCAAGACGUACACCAUGAUUGGCAAAGACAGCUCUUCUCAGAGCCUUGGCAUUGCGCCCUGUGCCAUCUCCUGGCUCUUCAAGCUCAUCAGCGAGCGCAGGGAGAAAACUGGCACACGUUUUUCUGUACGUGUCUCGGCUGUGGAGAUCUACGGCAAAGACGAAGGUCUGCAGGAUCUGCUCUCGGAUGUCUCAACAGGCAGUCUGCAGGAUGGCCAGUCGCCAGGGGUCUACCUGCGCGAGGACCCCAUCUGUGGCACACAGCUCCAGAAUCACAGUGAGUUGCGGGCCCCCACCGCAGAAAAGGCCGCUUUCUUUCUGGAUGCAGCCCUUGCAGCACGUAGUACCAGCCACCCUGAUGCAGGCGAGGAGGACCGGCGCAACUCGCAUAUGCUAUUCACUCUUCACAUUUAUCAGUAUCGGAUGGAGAAGAGUGGCAAGGGUGGAAUGUCUGGUGGUAGAAGUAGAUUGCACCUCAUAGACCUGGGUAGCUGUGAAAAGGUGCUUAAUAAGAGCAGGGAUGGAGGAGGCGGUCUGUGUCUGUCCCUCACUGCCUUAGGCAACGUCAUCCUGGCUUUGACAAAUGGAGCUAAACAUGUACCAUACAGGGAUAGUAAGCUUACAAUGCUGCUUCGUGAUUCACUUGGGAACAUCAACUGCAGGACAACAAUGAUAGCGCACGUCUCAGACUCACCUGGUCAUUAUGCUGAUUCACUCACCACUGUCCAGCUCGCCUCCCGAAUUCACCGCAUGAGGAAGAAAAAGUCCAAGUAUGCAUCCAGUUCAUCUGGAGGUGAAAGCUCCUGUGAUGAAGGAAGGAUUCGCCGCCCCCCACAUUUAAGACCGUUCCAUCCACGGACUGUGGCCCUGGACCCAGAUCUACCCUCAUUACUGAGUGAUCCAGAUUACUCCUCAAGCAGUGAACAGUCGUGUGAUACUGUUAUUUACGUUGGCCCUGGUGGUGCUUCAAUUUCUGAUCGAGAACUCAGUGACAACGAGGGUCCACCAGCCUUUGUUCCUAUUAUUCCAUCCCUUAACAGAAAACAGCGUGGUAAGGAAGGCCCAACUGACCGAGACCAUUUCAAGUGCAACACGUUUGCUGAGCUUCAAGAGCGAUUGGAAUGUAUUGAUGGGAGUGAGGAACCAAGUGCUUUUGUUGGUGAAGCUAGAGGAAGCCAAGUAAGCCCUAAGAAGGACAUUAUCUCAAUAAAGCCCAAAGAAGGGUCCAUUUCGGUUGCCUUCAAGGCUCCUACCAAAACAUCUUCUUCCCAGCAGGACAAUAUAUUAUCCAAACAGCCACUUUCUGCUCACAGUAAACUGCCCGGCAGCCCCAAACACAAGUCCAGAAAUGAACAUUCCAAAUGGCAAAACGCCUCAAUGUCAGAUGGAGAUAUGCCAGUGACUGCCUGUUGUACAAGGGCAGAUAAUGAAAAGGGGCUGGUAACAGAUAGCUUAGCUCCAUGCUCCCCACAGAAACAAGAUAAAUUAGGAGCAUUUCAAAACUCAGAACCAGUAGUGAGAGAAAAGGUAUUCUUCAACAGGAAACAACUACCCAAGCCUGCUCCUCCACCCCCACAAGAAAUGGACAGUAAAAGGGCUAAUAGUGAAUCAGAAGAAAAGUCUGCCAUAAGGAUACCACCCAUUGGAAUGAGCCAUCAAGUACAGAAGCAGUGUGGUUCAGGUGGCAGCUCUCCUCUUUUGAGCAGGGUUCAUCAUCUAAACCCCAAGACCCCACUAGAGGUAUGCCAGCUAAAGUCCACACUUAGGGAGCGGGAUAUCUUAAGGACUACAGUAACUCUGCAGCAGCCAGUUGAGCUGAAUGGAGAGGAUGAGCUGGUGUUCACCCUUGUAGAAGAACUAUCAAUUGGAAGUAUUAUGGACAAUGGAAGACCCUCCAGUAUCAUAAGCUUCAAUAGUGAUUGCUCUGUACAGGCCCUUGCUUCAGGAUCUAGGCCAGUAAGCAUAAUUAGCAGCAUCAAUGAUGAGUUUGAUGCAUAUACAUCCAGUGUGGGUGCCUCUCAAGUAAAUAUUGAGAUGGUAGCACCAUUUUCAGAGGAAACGUUUGUCUCCUUAGACAGCCGUGGUUCUUCUAUCAGUUCUUGGCUUAGUGAAGUAAGUGUCUGCACCAUAGAGAGUGAAGGAGCACAGUCUGCAGAUGUCUUCCUUCCCGAUGGUACACAAAUUGACCCAGGAAGUGCUUUCUACCUUGAUUCUCUUGGCAUGUUCCAAACCAGUCCCCAGAAGGAACCCAAUAACUCUUUGAAUGAUAGUGGCUUUAGUUUCUCAGAACUAGAUAGUGACAGUGCCACUUCAAGUAAACUCUCACUUAGUAAAUACUCAUCCUCUCCAGAGUCCACAAAAGCUUCCAUCAGAAAUACUUUAAAAAUGGCAAAACCAAAUAAUAUUAAUUCAUCUCCAACCCAGACCCUGCAAGAUCCGUGCAGUGUCCAUUGCAGUCUUCCCAGGAAAAUGAAACCUACCUCAUCCACAGUCCAGACUGGUAGCAUCACUGAGAGCAGUAAUGGUAGCAGUUGGAGACGUGAACCACUAAGGCUAGAGGGCAGGUCAGAUGACCCAUGGCAUCGAAAAGAGAAUGUGUCAGAGUUGCCAGUGGCCUCAAAUUCACCUGCUUCUUCCAAACAGUUAAAAAAUGGAAUGAGUGGCAUUCCCGCUAGAAAAGCAGGCACAGACUUUAACAGUAUUUCACGAAUACCCACAACACAGGGGUCUACUUCAUCCCAAAGAGUGGUAGAUGGAUGUGAAAAAUCCAGCAGCACCAAAAAGGUGGAGACACCCAGCAAAAUGCCACAGCUCAGAAGAGGUGCAACCACACUUGGGACUGUUCCAGUCAUUCAUACAUCUGUUGAUGUCAAGGUUGGCCUUGACAUUGGAUCAUCAGGUAGCUGGAAGUUUUCAUCUUUGGAAAAAAAUGGGAAAGCAAAUCAGCUGGACAAUAGUAUGCUGCCCGGUGGUGUAUUACCUCCUCCACCUCCAGUGCGUAAGUCCAGUCUGGAUCAGAAGAAUCGAAUCUUGCUACCACCAAGUGCCUUAAAGUCUGCGUGUGAGACAGGAAAGUCACUGGUACUCAGGCCUGCAAAGUCAGAGGAUGAAUAUGAUCUGCGGUACAGAGGAGACUCCCACACAUUAAAAACAUCCAAUUUAAGAUUAGAUCAUAGUUUACUAAAAGCAACAUCAAGUCUCAAAGCCAGAGGAGCAAGAGGGGAAGCUGGACAAAUGUAUGGAAGCCAGGUAUCCCUAGAAAGGUCUGACAGUUUGACAUCUUUAGGAUCUAAACCUGUGUUCAGUCGAGAGAACAGUGGGGCCAGUCUUAGUGGAAAGUCAAGCAAAUCUGUUACUAAGUUUGGAUCACCUGUUGCCACCUCUUCCCCAAUCACUACCUCUCCAAAUCCCUGUGUUAAUCAAUUCAACAUGGGAAAAAAUGGGCCGAUCAAAAACGGCCUUAAUGCAAGACCAGUGCCUGUAAAUGGAAACAAAGCUCGCACAUUAUCUGCAAGCAAUUCCAAAGCCCUAAGUUCCUCAACCAAGUCUCUCACAACAUCUGCAACAAGGAAUGCUAGCCUCCCACCUUCAGGAAAGAGUGCAUUACUUCGUGCAGGAGCAGGAUGUAAUGGUAAAUCUACAAGGGGAACUAUUAUGGGUACUAGGCAAGCCAUGCGAGCAACUAACAGCCGAGUAGGUGAGCUGGCAGGUAGUCCUUCUGGAAAACAGCCAAGGGGAUCUGGUGAUUCUGACAGUGGGAAUGACAGUGGUGUGAACCUUAAUGAUGACAAGCCUACACCUAUCCCCAUCCUGCCUUCUCCUUAUAGCAAGAUCACUGCUCCGAGACGGCCACAGAGGUACAGCAGCGGGCAUGGAAGUGACAACAGCAGUGUCCUGAGUGGAGAGCUGCCCCCUGCCAUGGGACGAACUGCACUGUUCUACCACAGUGGAGGGAGUAGUGGGUAUGAGAGCAUGAUCAGAGACAGUGAGGCCACUGGAAGUGCAUCUUCAGCUCAUGAUUCUAUGAGUGAAAGUGGGAUAUCUUCCAAUAUGCGGCUCAGGAGCUCAAAACCACCCAAAAAGAGAUCAAAUGGCAUUCAGAGGCGGCGUCUCAUACCUGCUCCUUUACCAGACACCUCCUCUCUGGGAAUGAAGGCUGGAGCCACAGGCCAGUGGGUGGACCUGCCUCCUAUAUCUGGCCCAUUGAAAGAGCCCUUCGAAAUCAAGGUGUAUGAGAUUGAUGAUGUAGAGCGGUUGCAGCGGCGGAGACAAGAACAGCCAACAGAGCAGUCGAUUCAGGAUGUUGAUAAGGGUCUGCUGUAUUUUAACACAAAGCUGAAGGAUGUUGAACGGCGGCAGCAACAGAUCAGUGAUCUCAGAAUUAAACAUGGCACUCUAAAGGAAGAACUGGAGGACACCAAAGUCAGACUGAUGAUGGACCCCAGAAAGUGGAUUGGAGAGUUUGAGGUGGACCAGGACUUGGACCCGGAGUCACAGGAGUACUUGGAGGCACUAGAGCAAGUCACGAGUGAACUGGAGUACUGCGUCAACCUAUGCAAGUCACGCGUUAUGAUGGUGACCUGCUUUGACAUAAGAGUAGCAUUGGAGAUUCAAGAAGGACCGCGAGAAGUGGAGGUAUGAAUAUAGGAUGGGAUAGAAGUAGAGAUAAAUGACGAGGUGUAGAAGUGAGAAAGAGUCUUGGAAGUCUGAAUGGAAGGAAAAUGAAAUGUAGCAGCCAAUUCACUGACACGAAGAACAAAAAAGACAAGGAAUAAACUUAAAAGACUUGAGCACUGAACACUACAUAGAGGAGGAUUGUGUUAUCUUUGAGAAAUGACUGGUACUGGUAAUAUAUAGUGCCUCGCUCUGUGUAAUGGAUUUGAAUGGAAAAAAGCAACAACCUGAUAUUUUUGGAUCAUCUAAUAUGUUGAAACAAGACAGACUGUCAUCAUUCAGCCAAGAGUUUUUUCUGCUAUACCACAAAGUGCCUUUGUGAUAUAAUUUCAAUCAUUAUUUUUUGUAUUGGUGCUAAUGCUCUAACCAGCAUACCUAAGCCAACCCUUAACAUAUUACUUUUAAGAAGAAAAUGAUUUUAUAUUACAUUGUAUAGUGUAUUUAUAUGAUUAAACAGUCUGUAAAAUACCAUGUUUUGUGAGAAUAUUAAAGGCAAGGGGAAAGGAAAGCAAUAAGCUAAUGUUAUUGCAUUUUCCUAGACUUUGCCUUUCUCCUGUACUAUCACCUUUCAGCAUUUUGUCAUCUAACCUCUGAAGCCUUAUGUUCUCUUUCUAGUGACUGUGUGUGACUUUCUAACUUACAUAUCAAUCUAAUCUGUGAUGUCUUUUAAAGAGCUAUGUUUAUAAUACUAUUGUAAGUCAACCACUGCCAACCUUGGUUGAACCCACGCUUAACAUAAAUCCCUUCAACUUUGACUCAGUUGCCUUGAGUAAUCUAAGGUGAAUAGAACAUGACACAUGAUCAUAUCUGUAUAAGAACACAUUCUAAUAUGAUUGAUGUCUUGCAUUUGGUGUUCAUUUUCACACUCUCUUUGUCUCUCUUUCUUCACUCAAAUUGAAUGUACAUAAGGAUUUAUUUUAAAAAUUCAAUGACAACCCAAAAAACAAAGCCCAAAAUGUGACUUAUCUGGCUUUUUAUCUAAUUUACAGUUAAAUCCAGUCAUUUUGCAUGACCAUUCAGUGCGAUCUGGUUAAAAAAUGAUGUUAGCUCUGGUGCUUGUUUACAUUUACUGAGACUGCAGCAGUGUGAAUUCAUCAUUGGGCCCUGUAGACUAGCUGUUGUUUGCAUAAAGCAGCUCAUGAUUCAUGCAGUCUGACAGGUUGUGUAGAGUUCAGCAAAGACUGAGAUGUCUCUCAACCAGUAGAUAAAAGAGCAACAGCUAAAAACCUAAUCCAUAAAUAGUUCAAAAUAGAUAAUAAAUUUGCUUUUCAGAAGCUGAGGAAGAGGUGAUCAUGAUCGUCCAGUGAAAAUGAAGAACUGAAAUAGUCAGCAUUUGCCAUUGUUACAAACCAUGCACUGAUUAAAUUUACUAUACAAAAGUGCUACAGAUGUUUUAACAUUGUUUUAUUGAACCACUGUGGAUAAAAUACACUGGAGUACUAGUGCCAGGCAUUGGUUCUAUGCAUUCUUGCAGUCUGUUAAUGUAGAACCUCAAAAUGCUUUUGCCUUUAGCACAAAUGCACUGGCCUUAUUUGGAUCUUCAGAGCAUUUCUUUCUGCCUUUUUUAAAUGCUCUUUACAGAUUAACUUGCCUAAACUCUCACAAAUACCUCUGUAUUCCUGAUGUCAUGGAGGCAACUGUACAGGUGUAGAUUGUCCACAAUGGCUGUUUGUUAAAUGUCUUUCAAAAUAUAUUUGUGAGUGACUUUUGCAUACCAGCAUAAUUACGAAGGUGGUUAUUUCUACUGUUCAUCAGAUCUUAUUAGAAAACCUUUUCCUUGUUAACCUUUACAAGUAUACAUGCUCAGGCCCUUUCUUACAAUGCUGCAUGAGAUUUUUUUUUAUUAUUUCUUAGAUACAUUCUUGUUCAUUUUUACAUGUAUUUUUUAAUGACGAUGCUGGAGUUCACUGUCAUGGGCAGUUAUAAACAUGAAUUAACCAACUAACACCAAACAAAACUUUUUUUAUUCUAAAUGUAUGUUAUGUCAUAUUUCAUAUCAGAUCAUAUUUUCUAAUGUUUUUUGGUUUUGUAAAAGAUUUUCAAACUGUGUAAAAAUGUAUGAUACUGCAACUUGGUAUGACUUUUUCUGUUGUGAAUAAAAACAUGUUCCUUCUUA